UGCAAAACUUCGUCAUGAAGUCAUAUAGAUAUUUAGUUGUGGAUAUUGACAAUUUUUAGCAUUUCUAUCUAUAAUAAUUUAUCUAUAAGUACAAAUUUUAUAUUCAUUUAAUGGGCUUUAAAAAUGAUUUCUUAGAAGACGUGCGAAAAAAAACCAUUUUAUUGGUUUUCUAUAAAAAGGAUUUCGUUUACCAGAAUUUUUAUCUGUUACAACUAGUGUUGCUUUUACAAAAUAUUUAUUUACAGUUAUUGAAUCCGAGACGUUCGAAUUGAAUAAAUAUGGAAAAGUUUUAUGUGUUUGUGAUAAUGGUGAUUUAUGUAAAUGGCCACACUAAACCAUUUUUUGUUACUGGAGACCAAAAUCCCAGCACAUUAUCUGAAAACCCUAACAAAUAUUCAGAGUUGAGUACUUUAUCAGAAAAAGGUAGCAAUGAAGCAGAUAAAUCACAGAUCAAUGAAAUGUCGAGAUCAACCGCAAAUAACUCGCCUCCUCAAAUAAAAUCUGAAAUUCCAAUCAAUUUCAAGUUACAAAAAGAAAAGAGAUGUCAAAAAUUGACAUCUUUUGUACAAAGGCCAUUGUUACAACAACCGCAACUAGAAUUGCCUUUGAGUAGUUCAAAAGGCUCAUAUCUACCAUAUACUUUACAGCCUUUCCUGAUGGAAGAACAUACAAAACAGUUAAAUUCAAUGAUGGACGCACAAAAAAAAUUAAUACAACUGCAACACGCUAUAAAUACGUAAAAACAACUCGAUAACAAGUUUGAUAAAAAUACAAAACAAAGUUAAUUUACAGUAAUUCA